AUGCACUGUCCUGGGGCGCACUGAAUAAUGAACAUUUUGGAGUGUUAUAAGCCGUGAUCGGUCGGCAUUCGAUUCACGUGACAUUUCAACGUCUUUACCCGGUAUGCCGACAACACCACUUUUUGAUUGGUCAAUGAUCGGCAUCCCGACAGCAAUACUAGCUGUUAAAGGGUAGCCGAUGCAGUAGUUUGUAAUCCGAAUCAUUAAUCAAUGACUCUGACCCGGGAAUAAAGAAGUUUCGUCACGAAUAAAAGGGCUUGCGUUUUGUGCGAACGCCGAGCACAAGAAUCUGGGGUAGAGCUCACAAGAACCUCUCAUCUUAGCGUCAUUGCAACAACUCCAAUGCUAGCAAGAUGGCGCUGGAUAAUGAAAGCGUGCACAAUGACGGCAUUGCAUCUGAAGAAGUAGAGCGCGGGUUGCGUGCUUGGCCUAGUACUCGGGACGACGAGAUCCAGCAAAGCAUCCAAGCAGAAGAGCAGGAAAUCGGACAUGAACCCAAGUCGGAGGAGGUCAUAACAUCAGGGAUCUCCAAAGUCUUCUCCAGGAAGUCCGCAGCAGCAUCGAGCUGGGCUGAUGUAGGACCCGCUCCCGACGGUGGCAGAAAGGCGUGGAUACAGGUCUUUUGCACGCAUCUUACCAUCUUCAACACUUUCGGCUUUAUUACGUCUUUUGGCGUUUAUCAGACGUACUACCAGACCACAUUAGGAAUUCAACCUUCGACGAUAUCCUGGAUAGGUUCUCUUCAGAUCUUCUUGCUGUUUGGCAUCGGGACAUUAACGGGAAGAGCCACGGAUGCGGGGCUGUUCCGUCCAGUUUACAUUGCUGGUAGUGUAUUCCAGAUCGUGGGCAUCUUCACUAUGGCGGAAAGUACGGAAGUUUGGCAACUCUUCCUGUCUCAAGGUGUAUGUCUCGGUAUCGCGAACGGGCUUCAAUUCUGCCCAUCCAUGGCCCUCGUAUCAACCUACUUCGUGAAGAGGCGCGCAUUCGCCCUUGGGAUUACGGCUCUAGGAUCAUGCACCGGAGGCGUCGUCUUUCCCAUAAUCGUCCAACAAUGCCUCCCGCGCUACGGUUUCCCAUGGACGAUUCGCAUCAUCGGCUUCAUCAUGUUCGCUUUCAACAUCAUCACCAUCGCACUAUACCGCACGCGGCUGCCACCUCGGAAGAGCGGAGCGAUUGUCGACCUAGCUUCAUUCCGAGACCUCCCCUACUCUCUGUACUGCUUAGCCAUGUUCUUCAAUUUCUGGGGUCUUUACUUCGCCUUCUUCUACAUCGGCGCAUACGGACGCAAUGUCCUGGGCAUCCCAUACGGAGAAUCGAUCAACCUCCUUCUCGUCGUCGUCUGCCUAGGCUUCAUCUUCCGCGCACUACCAACAUACUACGCUGACAAAAUCGGAAGUCUCAACACUCUGAUCCCGUUUGCGUUUCUCUGCGGCAUCAUGAUGUUUGCGUGGAUCGGUAUACACACUGUUGGUGCGCUCUACGCUUUCGCCGCCAUCUACGGUUCCGGGAGUGCGGUGGUGCAGGCUUUGUGGCCCGCCAUCAUUGGGAAGUGUAGUAAGGAGCAGGAUCUCAAGAAAGCGGGCGUGCGUAUGGGUAUGGCGUUCACGAUCGUAAGUUUUGCGAGUCUGACGGGUCCGCCGCUUGCUGGCGCGCUGAUUCAGUAUGGCAAUGGGAGCUAUGUUUAUGCGAAUGCAUGGGCGGGGGCUUCGUUUUUUGUUGGUGGGAUCUUGUUGGUGGUUACUAGAUGGUCGCUUGUGGGGUGGGAUUGGAAAGCGAGGAUAUGA